AUGUCGACACCUCUCGACCCUCCUUCUUACCCUCGCCAACGCGGCGGCAAAUUCGGGGGACGCACCAGAGGCUACCACCACCACGGGGGCUCUGGCAGGUCCGGGGCCCCGUAUAGGGGGGGGGGAGGGCAGGGGCCCCUUCACCCCCACGGCCACCAGGGGCCCCCAGGGGGGGGGCCCCAGCUGCAGCACCAGCAGCACCAGCAGCCGUACCCUCACUCUGCAGUGUACGGGGGCCCCCACGGGGGCCCUGACCCCGAAUCCAUGCCACCCCCCACAAUUGGGGGCCCCGCCCAAGGGGGGCCCCACCACAUGCAAAGAGCAGCAGGGGGCCCCCAGCUGCAGCAGCAGCAGCCGCUGCCGCCUCACCAUAUGCUGGGGGGGCCCCCGCAGCAGGGCUUUAUGAGGGGACGGGGGGGACAGCAGCAGCAGCUGCCAGCUACUGAUGGACACCAGCAGCAGCAGCAACCGGUGACUCACCCGUAUGACCCCCACCACAUGCAGCAGCAGCAGCAAGCAGCAGCAGCAGCAAUGAUGCAUGGAGGGGGCAGGGUGGCUCCUAUGCUGCUGGGACCAGCAGCAGGAGCAGCAGCAGCCCCGGGCCCCCUAGGCGAGGGCCCCGGGGGCCCCCACCAUGGAGGGCCCCCUCCACGGUUCGACGGGCCGCAUCACCCUAGCGAGGCCCUGCAGCAGCAGCACCAGCAGCAGCAGCAGCAGCUGCUGCUGCUGCAGGUACGAGACAUGCAGGAGCAAGGCGCAGAACGUGUGGGGCCCCCCCACCCCAUGCAUAUAGACCCACAUCACCACCACCCCUAUGGCCGGGGGGGCCCCCCUGGCGUAGGGGAGGCGGCACUCCAGCAGCAGCAGCAUCACCACGUGGGGGGUCCCCACGGCGCAGCAGCAGCAGCAGCAGCAGCAGCAGGCUACCGCUACGACGCAGUGCCUCUGGUAGCUGGGGCCUACGGGACCCCACUUGCUGUUUAUCCUGCCUACGGGGACAUGUGGGGGGGCCCCUCGGGGGCCCUGCAGCACCGCCCGCAGCAGCACCCGCUGCAGCAGGCGGGGCCCCGCAAGAAGAACGCCUUAGAGAUAAGAGACCCGAAGACAGGACCCGCAGCAGCAAAGGCACCCGCUACACCAGCAGCAGCAGUAGCAGCGCCUGGCCAGUACUCUAUAAGCGAGCUCGUCGGCCUCUUCAAAGCACUAAGGCCUCAUAUCGAGCCCCCGGAUUGGCGCUUUUGCUGCGGUGACACAGAGGAGAUGCGGCGACAGAGCGGCAGCUUCGGCAGCAGCAGCAACAAUAAUAACAGCAGCAGCAGCAGCGGGCUUGGCGGCUUGAGGGACUGGCAGCGCCGCAGCGGACCCACGGCUGCAAGCAGCAGCAGCAGCGGCAGCAGCAGCAGCAGCAACAUCGUGAACGGCUUGGGAGCCGGUCUGUUUGGGGGCGUGCGUAGGCCAGGCACAGGAGCAGCCGCAGGCGGCAGCAGCACCAACAGCAGCAGCAGCAGCAGUAGCAACAACGCGUUCAGGUCGCUGCGAGGCCCGGGAGAACUCGACGGAGGAGACCGCCAAGGAGACAGCAGAUUGAACGCCCCAGGCAGCGCGGCUGCAGGGGCCCUUUCGUGGCGAGGGGGCGGAGGAGCAGGGGCCCCCAGGGGCCCCCUUGCAGUCAACCGAGGGCCCCCCACGGACGGGUACACCAAGCUGAGUGGCUUUUUCGGCAACAGGCCGCCGCCUCCGACGCGGGAGCCCCCAGCGCAGCAGUCGUCUAUGAGCCGUUUGUCGACGUCCACGGGAUUCCGCGUGGGUCGGGAAAUAGACCCUAGAGAAAGAAAAAGGCGCUCUUUGAACGCGCUGCUGAACAAGUUGACAAUAGACAACUUCGGCGUCGUUUGCGAGAAAAUUUGCCUCGAGGCCGAGCAGUUUGACUCCGUCGCGGACCUCGAGCUCCUCUCUGACCUCCUGUUCAACAAGGCCGUGUCCGAGCCCGAGUACAGUGAAAUGUACGCAGAUCUGUACCAGAUCAUUCGCUGGAGGAGCCCCGACUUCACGGUGCCAGGUGAAGAGCGCAAGAUCAACUUCCACAGGACCUUCGUGAACAGGUGCCAAGAUGAGUUUGAGAGACUGCAGGGUAAGAACGUGCUGCUGAUAACUGAGGAGGAACGCGCUGAGUGCCAAGACGCGGACGAUGAGGCGAAGCUGCUGAAGAAGAAGAAAACCAGGGUGUUGGGCAACAUGAGGUUUAUUGGAGAGCUUUUCCUAAGGCGGGCGCUGAGCCCCAAUGUACUGAAUGAUGUUGUGCACGCCCUCGUCUUCAGCAGCAAGGGCGACGCGUUCCCAGACGAGCACUUCAUAGAGUGCCUCACCGAGCUUCUCACCACUAUUGGGUACACCAUGGAUUCCCAAGACUCCUCUCGCGCCAUGAUGAACGAGUUCAUUGGAAAGCUGCAGGAACUGCAGCUGCGCGCUGGCUAUUCGAGCCGCAUCACCUUCAAGAUCCAGGACCUUCUGGACUUGAGGCAGCGCCACUGGACCAAGAAGGUCUUCAGAGACGUGGCGAAGUCCGUGGCCCAGAUCAGAGAAGAUGCCAAGAGGGACGAGCUGAUGGGGGGAGCUAUCAAGGUGGCGCAAGACGGUGUGUUUCUUACGGUGGGGUUGCGCCGGGAAAUGCCAUACAAGAGCUACUUGGAGGAGCAGCGGGUUCUGCUUAGCAACAAGAGAGCUGCUGCUGCUGCCAGUGGGGAAGCAACAACGGCGACAGCAAAUAGCAAACGACCAACUCCUACUACUAAGACCACCGUGACAAGGACGCCAGGCAGCAGCAGCAGCAGCGGCACGCCUGCAUUUUCGCGCAGCUCUGUCGUAUCACCAGCAGCAGCAGUGCUGUCAGCUCCGGUAGCAGCAGCAGCAGCAGGCAGUAGCAGCAGCAAAGCCUCGGCGGCCACUGAAGUGUCGCGACCGUACGAGGCGCAGGUGAUGAAGAAGGAAGUGGAUCUUCUUACUUUUGAGUUCGUAGUGGAGAAGUGCCCUAUAGAGAGCUCUUUAUCAGAGUUCGUUUCCCUUAGUUUGCCGCUGCAUGACAGCGCCGCGCAGAUCUCAGCGGUUUUCAAGAAAGGGUUGGGCGACUCGCGGCCAGCAGACAGCGCACGUUACGCUGUGCUCAUCGGUUCGCUUGCUGCUGAGCAUUUGAAAGCAACAGCAGAUCUACAGGUGCUGUUCGACUAUUUCGGCGAUGUCCUGAUCGGGCAGUUGUCGGACUUCGUGGUGGACAACCCACGGGCGCUGGCGAUGUGUGCGGAGGCCUUUGGGGUUUUGUUUGCUGCGGAUAUCUGGGCGGCCAAAGGGGCAGAGCUCAUCAGAAAGGGCCUUAGAGUUCCUCUGCCCGAUGAGGAGGGUCUCGCGGUCAAAAUGUGCCAAGACAUCGCUCGCCAGGUUUCUGCGCAAUCCCCAGAAAGAAAGAGGCAGUUGCAGGAACUUCUGGAGCUGACGCUGGCACAGGGGCUCCCGGGCUGCUCUCCAGCGGCGGCCGCCAGUUUGCUGCGGGACUGA